AUGACAAGCGAACGUCGCAUAGGUCAGUAAACAUGGCGCCGGCCAAAAAACGCAACGUGAGUUCGGGAAAAACUACAAAACAAAGUGGAAAAAAGGCCAAAAUCGACCUCGACAGCACCGUCGAGCGUAUAACUGAAAGCAAGAAGCACGCCAACGACGUUUUUGACAUCCUCGAGCUCCUUCAGUCAGAAAAUGAGAAGGAUGUCGUCAGUGCAGUCAACGCCUGCUGUAAACUCUUCUGCACGUUGUUGGAGAGGAAAGAGAUGUUCAGGGGGAAACUGCCCGAAGAGGACGAGGCGCUGAGUGGGGGGUACAGCGCUGAGGAGAAGUACCAGAUGUUCAUGCGCCACCGCUACAACAGUUGUGUGGAGAUCCUGCUUGAACAUCUCAGUCAUGAGCUGCAUGCCGUCAAGGAGAGCGCCCUGUGCUGCCUGAUAAAGUUUGCUACGGGAGAAGGACAGUAUCCUCUUGAGGACUUGGACUGGAGCGAACAUUACAGCUUCCCCAGGGAACUGGUCCUGGCCGUGGUGGAGAGACUUCUGUCUAAAACUACGGACACCUCGCUGCUGAUCUCCAGGUUCCAGGAGUUCCUCGAGAUGGAGGAUUUGCGAUAUUACGUAAUGAGCUCCAUCCGCGAGAACAUGGGCCAAGUCAUGGACAAAAGCAAAGGGGCCGUGUUGCCCGUAUAUCAGAACAAUGCCUUCACCCUCAUGUCUAACAUCAGUAUGCCGAGCCAGGAGUCAGAGCUGACCAACUUUAUGGUCAAUCAGGAAGCUAAGCAUGAAGACUGGAAAGCUGCUAAACUGAAUGAGCACAAGCGUGUGUUUGAGAGGAUGUGGCUCGGCUUCCUCAAGCACAAGCUGCCAAGCAGCAUGUAUAAAAAGGUCUUGGUGAUCCUCCACGACUCCAUUUUGCCGCACAUGAGCAAACCCACGCUGAUGAUUGACUUCUUGACAGCUGCCUAUGAAGUUGGUGGGGCAAUCAGUCUGUUGGCCCUCAAUGGCCUUUUCGUCCUCAUACAUCAACACAACCUAGAUUAUCCUGAUUUCUACAAGAAGUUGUAUAAUCUUCUGGAGCCUUCUGUUUUUCAUGUGAAGUACAGAGCACGCUUUUUCCAUCUGGCCAACAUUUUCCUUAGCUCCAGUCACUUGCCUGUUUACCUAGUGGCUGCCUUCGCCAAACGCCUGGCUCGCCUCGCCCUCACAGCGCCACCUACAGCCCUUCUCAUAGUGCUGCCCUUCAUCUACAACCUGAUUCGGCGCCACCCGUCCUGCAGAGUCCUGAUACACAAGCCCAGCACGGAAGACGAUCCUCUUGAGGACCCAUAUCUAAUGGAUGAAGAGGAUCCUGUUCAUUGCUGUGCCUUAGAGAGCAGCUUGUGGGAAAUUAAGACGCUGCAGAAACAUUACCACCCAGACGUGGCCAAAGCUGCUAUGUUGAUCAACAAACCGCUGCCGGAUCAGGAGGAUGACAUCAGCGAGGUGCUAGAGAUAACAACACAUGAGAUAAUGGAGAGGGACCUGAAGCAGGUCAAGCGUGUCCCACUGGAGUUUGAAACUGCCACACAGUUACUGAAAGGAGGGGGGGAUGUGUUAGGACAGCACUUCUGUCUGGUUUAAAACAAGCAAAAACAAAACUUCAACCCUUUUCUCGACCAUUUCAAGUUGAAUGUUUAUAGCAGCUUGGACUUAUCGCUCGCGUUUUCUCAGAAAGCAACAGCUACAUCCACAACAACAACAGCAGAUUUGUAGAUUUGAGUUUCUGUUUUUUUCUUUAUUUGUUUUAAAGUGUUUUCUCUGUGACUGUCGAUGUCUGAUGCGUCUUUGACUGUCAAUAAAAAGACGUUUUCAGAUUUGA